CUUGAACGGAAAUGAAAUGGAAAAUAUUUAAAAAAAAUGAAUUUUAAACAAAAAAAAUAAACAUUUGCUGAUCUUGAUUCAAAGUGCAAUCUAAAGAGACAGAAAAAGAACCCUUUGUGUUGAAAAAAUGAGGAAAUAUUUUGAAAUGAAGUGAAACAGCGCGAGAGACGAAGAAAGGAAGGUUCAAACAGAACUGAAUCGGUUUUUGAACGUCAUUAAACGCACACAAUGAACCGCUGGAUUGUGCUGACACUUCGAAAUGUGCUAAUAUAUUCAUUGUAUAGAGCACAUGGUUUUUUCGAUUCAGUGCCACACAAUGGAAAACACACAACGAUACAAACACUCGCACACGCUCAUGCUCACGUAGACAUACGAGUCCGACGACGUUCGUCUUACGUACGUGUACAAUGAGUGUGAUACUGACAUAUUCUCGGUCUUUCUCUCUCGGUAAAUGGUGGCGAAGCGCAUGCACUCACACACCAAAAGGCGAUUGCGAUUGGUUGUCGUGCAAGCGGUACAAAUUCGACAACGAAGUUUAUAUAAAAUCGUACACGCCAUUUAUGUUUGUCUCUUUACUUAAGUUGAUGUGAUACAGACGACUCCGACGAGGGCUUACACUCAAUUCCGUACAUCUCACUGUGUGUAUGAGUAUUUUUUUUUUCCUGUCUCGCGACAAAUCCGAAGAAAAAAACUAAAUCAAACGGCAAAAAUUAAUCGAAACCAACGUGUUUUUUUUUCUUCGUUCGAUUAAAUUUCCCACUUGAUUCAGACAGUGAGAAAACAGCGCAACAGAGAAACCAUCCAGACUAAAUAAAGUGCAAUUAAAAAUUUUUUUAUUUGGAUUCGGACACCAAGCCAGCGUAAACAUAACGAAAAAAAACGUAACAAUGCCGCAAUCAACUCAUACGAAUGGUUACACGAAUGGUCAUAACGCCAACAAUGGAUUAUACGAAAUGGAGGACCAGCAAAUCUUUCUAUUUACGUCGGAAUCAGUUGGCGAAGGUCAUCCCGAUAAAAUGUGCGAUCAGAUCAGUGAUGCAGUAUUGGAUGCCCAUUUGAAGCAAGACCCGAACGCCAAAGUUGCAUGCGAAACUGUUGCCAAGACGGGAAUGAUCCUGUUGUGCGGUGAGAUUACGAGCAAAGCCGUUGUAGACUAUCAAAAAGUUGUACGUGACACAGUAAACCAUAUAGGAUACGACGAUUCAUCGAAAGGUUUCGAUUGGCGUAGCCUAAAUCUCUUGGUAGCUAUUGAACAGCAAUCCCCUGAAAUAGCGGCCGGUGUUCAUGUUAAUCGUGUGGAAGAAGACAUCGGCGCUGGAUUCGACCAUAAAACCUGUAAUGUUUUGCUCGCAUUGGAUCAACAAUCGCCUGAAAUUGCGGCCGGUGUUCAUGUGAAUCGUGACGAAGAUGAUAUCGGUGCAGGUGAUCAGGGAUUGAUGUUUGGGUACGCAACUGAUGAAACGGAAGAGUGUAUGCCGUUGACGGUUGUUUUAGCGCACAGGCUGAACGCAAAAAUUGCCGAACUUCGACGAUCUGGAGAAUUCUGGUGGGCUCGCCCAGACUCGAAAACACAGGUCACGUGCGAGUACUUAUUUGAUAAAGGCGCAUGUAUACCAAAACGUGUUCAUACUGUAGUCGUGUCACUUCAACAUUCGGACAAAGUCACAUUGGAACAUUUACGUAGCGAACUAGCGGAGAAAGUGAUCAGAACCGUGAUUCCCGAACAGUAUUUUGACCAAAACACAAUUGUUCACAUUAAUCCAUGCGGUGCGUUCAUCAUCGGCGGACCAAUGGGUGAUGCCGGUUUAACAGGCAGAAAAAUCAUUGUUGACACAUACGGCGGUUGGGGUGCGCAUGGUGGUGGAGCAUUUUCGGGUAAAGAUUUCACAAAGGUCGAUCGAUCAGCAGCAUAUGCAGCUCGUUGGGUGGCCAAAUCUCUAGUUAAAGCCAAAAUCUGUCGCCGUUGCUUGGUACAAGUGUCGUACGCCAUUGGCGUUGCCGAGCCCAUUUCAAUCACUGUUUUCGAUUACGGCACAUCGAAACGAUCUCAGAGCGACUUACUAGAAAUUAUCAAACGUAACUUUGAUCUUCGACCUGGCCGCAUCGUUAAAGAGUUGAAUCUGCGCAAACCAAUUUACCAACAGACCAGCUGCUACGGACACUUUGGACGUGACUGCUUCCCAUGGGAACAAGCAAAGGAAUUGGAUGUAGAUUGACUAGAUGGAGUUGAUGAGGCUCGUAAUGGAAACUCUAUUGCAGCAAAAAAGGCUAAAUAUUCAUAAGAACCACAGUAAAUCAGAUCACACACACACAACACACAACAAACACCUUCUAUGGAAACUUAAAAUAGCAACAGCAAGAAGAAAAAAACACAACUUAAGAAAACACAUUGAGAAAAAGAGACACAAGAAAAUUGCAAAAACACAUUCAAGUAAUUUAAGAGCGGAAUAGAUGAGUCUAGCGUUAUAAUAGCCUCCUUUGAAAAUAGCUCGACAUAGACAUUUAGGUGGAAAGAUAAAUACACAAAAAACACACACGCUAAUGUGACAGAAAUGAAAUAAUUAAUUUACUAAUUAUUUGUAAACGCAAAAUUUUUGCUCAGUGCUCGCGUCAUGAAAAAUUGUAUACAUAAAAAAAAACGUUUGUGCUUACUUUUGUAUCACGGCGAUUUUAGCCAUUACAGGAUUUAGAAGAAAAAAACAAAAAACGAGUAGAAGAAGAAGAAGAAAUGAGCAAAAUAACUUUUUUUAAUUCAAAAAUUAUAAGUUUAGUGAGACAAUUUGAUUUCGAUUCUUCGAAUUUUCUUAUUUAUGCACUAAAUUGUCUUAUUGUAGAAAAACAAAUAUUGCUGUAUUUUUGUUCGAUUGUUUUUUAUUACAUUGAUUUUCGUAUUGUAAUUGAUUUUUGGUUGAAUUGUGCGUUACCAUUUAUUUUAAAAUCAUCCACGAAGAGAACCGCAAAUGAAAUACAUACACACACACAUUUCCAACCUAAUGGAAUGUAUUAUAUUUGAAGUGCAAGAUCGAGCAUGUUUUCAUUUAGUUUUCUCGUAUUUAACACAAAACAACUGAGUAUGUAGCCGAAAUGUCCGAUUUACACACACACACACACACACACACAACAUACAUUUUUGUAGUUUUUAGCUACUUUGUAUAGCUUCCAAUCGAUUUAGAUUUGCAUCCGAUUAAAUAAGCAUAUUGCAGCCGAACGUGUUGCAUUGUCUUGCAUCUCAAAUGUGUUUCGUCUUCUUCAAUCAAACAAUUUAGAGCAGCGAUUAAUUACAAUUGAAGAACACUUAAUAGGAGUAUAUGCAUAUGAUUGUAGUGUUUUGAGCAGGCAAUAGAUAGAUUUUGUUUCUUUUUCUUUUUUUUGUACUUGUGUAAGCACACUUUCCCUCUUUCAAAUUCGGGAAAAGGAGUUAGACACCAAAUUGCAUUUCGCAAAUCAAUUGGACUUUAAUUGAGCAACAAUUUGCCCGACGAUUUUUUUUUUACAAACAUCGUGAUCAUUUUUAAUAGAAAAAAAAACAAUUUUUUAUACACAUUCACUUGGUGUCCAGCUCCCAGCAUUUUUCUGCCACUACUUAAAAGAAAACACCUAAUUGUAAUUCCUUUUUUUUAAUUUAUCGCCCGAUUUUUGGUUGGCCCUUAAAUUUAUUCAGAGAUAUUUUAAGAGUUGUAAUUUGUUCCUGAUUAAAUUGACACAUAAAAAAAGAAAGAAUUUUAUUCGACUUCGUCAGUUCCAUUCGAAAUUGAAAUCCAAAUAAACAAUUUUAUUUUGAGAAAA